CUGGUCAAGAACUUUGCCGUCAUGUAAGUUGCCUUCUUUCCCUCCGUCAAAGACCUGCUUUUGGGGUAGAUGCCGGUAUACUACUAGGAGAGGUGUGGCUGACAGCGCGCUUGCGUAGCUACGUCUGCGACAUCGACACGGUGCCCGACUUCAACCAAAUGUACGAGCUCUACGACGAGUGCACGCUCAUGUUCUUCUUCCGCAACAAGCACAUGAUGAUCGAUCUCGGGACCGGCGACAACAACAAGAUUAAGUGGGUGCUCGAGGACAAGCAGGAGCUCAUCGACAUCAUCGAGACCAUCUACCGCGGCGCCAAGAAGGGCCGCGGUCUCGUCAUCAGCCCAAAGGACUACUCGACCCGCCACCGCUAUUAAACACGCCGCUGGUGCGAGCCUGAUGUUCUUGGGCGUCCCUUGCUGAAAAAUAAUGGGAGCCGCCGUCGCCUGCGCGAGACAUUUGGGGUAAAAUAUACCACGUCUUUGUAUUAAUAUAAUAUCCGCACGGAGUACGGAGCUUGGGGCCAAAAGUCUCUACACACUUGCUUGAGCCUGGCUUACAUAAACUGCUUGAGCCUGGGUACAUAAAUUGCUUGAGCCUGGCUACAUAAAUUGCUUGAGCCUGGCUUACAUACAGACAGUGCCAUUAAUACUGUCCAUCUAGCUCGCUAAAAUAAACAGGCGAUAAAGAACGCACUACUAGAACUUGACGACAGGAUCGCUAAAAUAUAGCAAGGGGCACCUAAAAGCUUUCGCAGCCAGCCGGUUUUAAACACUGUCCUUACGUAGGUGAGGUAAUCCGUACGAGCAAGCGUGU